AUACUUGGAUGUUCGGUCGUUUACAGUCAGGCGUCAUUAUCUUACGCAAUUUAUUACGCUAUUUAUCAACGAAUUUAUACAUUUUUUUACACUCCAGUGAGUACUCAAGUGGAAUUACAUGACUUUUUUUAACGUCCAUUUCAAUUAUUACUUUAGAAAUAAUCAAACACGGUGACUGCAAAAAUUUAAGAACGAUGUGAUUUUUAAAUUGAAUGCGUUUAAAUACAAUAUAAAUUCGGUCAGAUACGCUUGAAUGAUAUCAUAAGUAUUUUAAUGAAAACAGGGCUGAUAAACAUACAAAUAAGUGUAAGAAAUCUAUGACGAAAAAUACGCUUGAGGAAUAUUUUCAACAUCCGAGCAGCACUGAUCUCUCUUUUGCCUCCGUGCUCUGCGCUCUGCGCGUCCUUGUACGCAUGAUCGUAUUACGACUAAACGAAUUAGUGUGAAACACCAGAGGAAACACACGUUGUUUGACGAGUGUGAUGUAUACACAGUAGCAGGAAUCUGAAAAGAUAGCAGCCAACGAUAAUGGUUUAUUCCAUUUGAGAGCCUUAAUACAUAUGGUCAGCGCACGAUGAAAUGUCCGCAGUCUGGUUUCAUUAAUCGUGUCAACCGCAUCGUAUCGUUACUGAUGCUAACGUAAAAAAAGUUGUGAUUCGUACCGUUGGCUUCAGUUCAACAUAAACAAAGUCAAGCUAUUAAUAGUUACAGUAACAUCGACACGGUCAUCCGUUCUCUGGCGGAUUAUGUUUAUAAAAGAAGUCGAUAAAUAACUUCGACAUUGUUAAUUGAGUGAUAAUGAAAAUCGCGGUAAUCGGAGGUGGUAUCGUCGGAUUGACCACUUCCCUUGAACUUAGACAAUCAGAAUUUCGAAACGCCGACAUCACUAUCUUUGCUUCCAGCUUUAACGAUACCACAAGCCACGUAGCUGCCGGAUUAUUUCGCGUUGGUAACGCGUUUUCUGGACCCACCGAAGAUGUAACCAGAAAAUGGGUUAAGGAUGCGUACGAAUAUUACGACAAUAUACGUAAAAGCUCCGAAGCAGCUAUUGCCGGUAUUACCGAAGUUUCUGGGUACAUUUUUGCUAAAAGCAAUCCUAAUUUAGUCGAGAAUCGCUGGUUACCUGGCUUGGUUCCUGUGUACCGAAAGGCAAAGAUAGAUGAAUUCGAAUUGGUUGGCGGCGAAUGGAAUUACGGAACAUUCUUUACUACAUUACUUACCGAAUGUACGCUGCACUUACCGUGGACAACGUUGAAGCUCCAAGAAACCGGUGUAAAGCUGAUCGAGAAAAAAAUAAAUAGCAUCAAUGAAUUAUCACCCAGCUUCGAUUUGGUUAUUAAUUGCACGGGUAUGGGUGCCCGGUAUUUGUGUAACGACCGACGUUUAGUUCCUAUCCGAGGACAGGUGGCAAAGGUAAAAGCACCUUGGAUUAAAACAUGUUUCUACGGCGAAUUGGAUACGUAUAUUAUUCCGGGAUUCAAUGGAAUUUGCACUCUUGGUGGUGUGCGAAGCUUUGAAUCCGAGAGCAACGUGAUUUGUCCACAUGAAUAUGCAGCGAUUCGCGAAAGGUGUAACAAGUUGGUUCCCUCGCUUGCAAAAGGGGAAACCAUCAAACAUUUGACUGGAAUUAGACCGCACCGGGAAACCGUGCGUGUGGAACCAGAACAAAGUCCGAGUUACGGGAAAAUGAAAGUGGUUCAUAACUAUGGUCAUGGAGGGUACGGUGUGUGCACUGCACCGGGUACAGCUAAAUAUGCUGUUCAUUGGGCAAAGGAAUUUCAAAUAUCUUCGUCAAAGCUCUAAAUUGUAUGCUUCAAUAAAUAACACUGGACAGGAUUUUAUGAAGUAGAAUUAGUGUCGGUUCAUUGUUAAUUUUAAUAAUAAUUGUUCUACAAAAAAUAUAUAAGAAUCACACAAUACUAUGUGGCUUUUUCGAAUGUCAUUCUCAACCCUAACUCUAAAGUGUGUACUAUGUAUGUUUAACAAUAAUAAGCGUAUACGAUGGUAAAUUGUUUUUCCUUCAUGUCUAUGAUCUAAAUACAAAAACUAGAUAUAACUUAAAAUUAUACACAUAGAGUUCAUGGGUAAAAUAUAAUAUUACAACGAUACAGGAAAUGAAUUUUCCUUACUUGAAAUUUGUUGCAUUUUUUCCAUUAAGAUCUGUAAAUUUCUUCACAUAAACUGCACUUUACCACAAUUUUUUAAUACACAGUAACGAAGUUUUCACGCAACAAACUACGGGCAUAAAAUAAUUAGGAAAUUCUUUAACGUACAGCGAUAACACUGAUACAAUCAAAUCGCACAAAAUGUAUCGUAAUAUAUUCAUAUAGUAAAUUACAUGUUUCCCUUUU